AUGGGCAAGCUAGGCGCCGGUCUGGAUGUAAACGAGAAGCGCAAACCGGUGGGGUCCCUUUUUAUGGAGGCAAUGGAUCGUGACUCCAUUCCCCCACAUGUUAGGCGGACUGUCUACCACCGGUUAGCCGACCGAAGCCUUCCCAACACCCCCUUUUCCUUGUACCCCGAAGAGCCGGGGCGCACACGUGUAUUCCCCACGAGUGGGCGACGUCACUUUCCUGAUCGAAACCGCAACAAUCCUGUUGCGCCGGAUCCACCGGAAGUGUCACCAGCACGGCGGGCGGUUUCUAGACAAGAGACUUCUCAUCUUGAUUGUGCGGCGCAGGCCAUAAACGAAGAAGCGCCAGUGCAUUACUCUCGACAGCGGUGUAGGCAGCCGCCGUUUAGCAAAGACCCAGUUAAAAUGUCGCAUCCGCAUGCCUUAACAACUUUAAGCCCACUGAGGCGGAGUCGUCUCUUACUUGGUUCACUGACCCCGAUGGAAGAACCCCAGAAGGAGCGUCCGGUGCCACCACCUAUGAUAAAGAAGCCGUUACGCUUCGGUAGGCGCCACACACCCGAGCCGCGUUCUGUGAGUGCUGAGCACAGACGAGUCGGUAUUAAAAUGGUACCUCCUCCCCCUCAUUGGGAGAGUGCAACGGAAAGGCGUAUGGCUUUUACCAAUUUUGGCGUUGAUGCCUGCAGAGUGAAUGGCAUUCAGCAUAGAAACCAAAGUCAGUGGGAAAUAGGCUUCAGUUCCCCUCUCCGGUUACAUAGGAGUAUGUCGACCGAAAGCAAUGUGAAUGACCGUACGACACCACCAGACGACGAGGUUCCACGGAGGGGGAGAAGAUACAGCUCAUCACCAGGCCGACGGAAUGCCGAUAUUAUAUCCUGGAUGCCACUGAAGUACUGUUAG